AUGGAAUCGAACACGACCCAGAACGGAUCCGAAGUCGAACUCUCAGAAUUCGAAAAAACCCAGAAAAAGUACCACGAUUUCAUCGCUUCCCUUCCAAAGACCAAAGGCUGGAGACCAGACGAGAUCUUAACCCAACACAACGGACACUGGUGGCAAGAAUGUCUCCUCGAAGGUCUUCUUCACGCUAAUGACCAUUUCCAAGCACGACCAACCGAUUUCCUUGUCUGUAGCUACCCGAAAACCGGAACCACAUGGCUCAAAGCCUUAACUUACGCAAUCGUGAACCGUUCUCGAUUCGACGACGCAACGAACCCACUCCUCAAACGAAACCCACACGAGUUUGUCCCUUACGUCGAGAUCGACUUCGCGUUUUACCCAACCGUUGAUGUCCUUCAAGACGCAAAGAACCCGCUUUUCUCUACCCAUAUCCCAAACGGGUCAUUACCCGAUUCCAUUGUGAAUUCCGGUUGCAAGAUGGUUUAUAUAUGGAGAGACCCGAAAGAUACUUUCAUCUCUAUGUGGACUUUCUUACACAAGGAGAAGUCUCAAGAAGGUCAAUUAGCGACUCUUGAAGAGUGUUUCGAUAUGUUUUGUAAAGGUUUAUCUGUGUAUGGUCCUUAUUUGGAUCAUGUUUUGGGUUAUUGGAAAGCUUACCAAGAGAAUCAAGAUCGGAUUUUGUUCCUUAGGUACGAGACUAUGAGAGCUAAUCCUUUGCCGUUUGUGAAGAGAUUAGCUGAGUUCAUGGGUUAUGGAUUUACUGAUGAUGAAGUGGAGAAAGGUGUAGCUGAGAAAGUGGUGAAUCUUUGUAGUUUCGAGACGUUGAAGAAUCUUGAAGCUAAUAAAGGUGAUAAAGAAAGAGAGGAUCGUCCUGCGGUUUAUGCGAAUAGCGCGUAUUUUAGGAAAGGAAAAGUCGGAGAUUGGGCGAAUUAUCUGACGCCGGAGAUGGCUGCUCGUAUCGAUGGUUUAGUCGAGGAGAAAUUCAAAGAUACUGGAUUGCUUGAACAUGAUAAGUGA